UAGUCCUUCGCUAGGAUGUACAGCACGGCAAAGGAUCGCUCCGGCCAGGAGGUUUCGCCACCGGAUUACCCAGUGCAGCAGCAGCGUGCUCAGUCCAAGUCAGAGUAUGGCGUGGAUCCCGAAUCUGUAGAUCGUCCACCGCAACCCGCUCAGGAGUAUGUGCCUUAUAAGUCCACCGAUUCAGCUGUGGAACCAAAGAAAGAACCGCUAAGAACUCAGUUAAACACAGGCUAUACCGAUAGCUCCUCCUACGGCUCAGAUUCAGUGUCCAAACAGCAGCUACGAUCUCAGCCGAAUCCGGAGUACCAGAGCACUGCAGGACCUGCAUAUGAUCCAACUAGGGAUGAGCGCAGCCAACUGCAGCCACAGAGAUCCCAGCCAGCUGCCGAUUACUCUGCAUACGAACGGCAGCAACGACCGCCGCCGAGCACAGUAGACUACACCACCGGCUAUAAUGCACCACCCAAAGAUCGCACCACCCUGUCACGCAGCAACUCGCGACCCACCCUCUCACUCAAUCCCAAGCUCCAGACUAUACCCAAUCCCGAGUAUGUGCGACCACCACAGAACUUUGUCUUGCCACCGCAGAUGCGUGCCGCCGUGGGGCCACCACAGCCGCGUCCACCGUUCGCCGGCGCCAGGCCGAUGGUCGGCAUGGGACCACGUCCACCCAUGCCACCGAACAUGGCGGCCAGGCCACCACCGCUGCGCACCACAGACAGCAAGAGCAACCUGCUAAUGGGUCCACCGAUGCGGCCGGGCAUGCCACCGCAACUCAAUAUGCAGCAGGCUCGUCUGCCCAAUGCCGGCGGACAGCUGAGUCCGCCGGGCCAGGGACCACCAAGGCCACCAGGCGGAUUUCCCUGGAAUCCCGCAGGGGCACCGGGUAUGCCGCCAGGGGCACCGGGCAUGCCGCCUGGGGCACGACCUCCGCAGAAUAUGACGCGACCGCCGCCACCCACUUUUGCACGCCCGCCGCCGGGUCAGCCGCUGCAGGCACCCUUCAAUCGACCGCCCUUCAACCAGCCGCCCAUGCAACCGCAACCGCAACAACCACCACAACAGCUGCAGCUGCAGCAGCAACAGCAGCACAUGCAACAGCAGCAGCAGCAGCAACUACGCCCACUUUCGGCAGCCAGUGCACACAACAACAACGAUGACGACGACGACGUGGUCAUGGGUCCCGCGGUGACCCCGCUCAAGAGCUUCAACCCCAGGCCCGAUCCCAUGGGGGAGCCGCUGCUGGAGGACAUGGAGCCGCCCUUCGAGACGAGCUCCCCAGCCGGGGAAUCCAAAAAGGGGCCCGGCUUCAAGGGUGACAAUGACAGCGGCGUGGAUGAGUCCACUCAGGAGAAGGAUCGCAACGGACCCAACUCGCCCAGUUCGCCCGUGAAAACGCCCACAUCGACCUCAUCGAAGCCGGACAAGUCGGGCACGUCGCGCCCACCGAGUGCCACGCCCUCGAACAAAUCAGCCCCCAAGUCGCGCAGCGCCUCCAAGAAUCGCUUGCUCCUCAAGACCCCCGAACCCGAGCCAGUCAAGAAAGUUCCAAUGAACAAGGUACAAGUGGGACAUGCGCCUUCGCCCAAUCUGAAGGCGGUACGCUCCAAGAUCGGAUCCCUGGACAAUGCCACCUACAAGCCGGGUGGUGGCCACGUGAAAAUCGAGUCCAAGAAGAUCGACAUCAAGGCGGCACCGCGCAUCGAGGCCAAGAACGACAAGUACAUGCCAAAGGGCGGCGAAAAGAAGAUAGUUACAACAAAGUUGCAGUGGAACGCCAAGUCCAAAAUCGGCUCGCUGGAGAAUGCCGCCCACAAGCCGGGAGGCGGGGACAAGAAGAUCGAGACCCUGAAGAUGGACUUCAAGGACAAGGCCAAGCCGAAGGUCGGCUCGACGGCCAAUGUGAAGCAUCAGCCGGGUGGCGGAGACAUCAAGAUCCAAACGCAAAAACUAGAAAUUAAGGCACAAAGCAAAGUUGGCUCUUUGGAUAAUGUAAAGCACAAGCCCGGUGGCGGUGAGAAGAAGAUUUUCGAUGAUAAGGAUUAUUUGAAAAAUGUUGAACACUCUGUUGCACUGACAACACCACCAACACAGAGUCCACUACCAUCCAUGACGGCUUCUGGCGCUGAUGAAAAUUUAAAUCAACAAAGCUAAAUGCCGAAAUGCCCGAAAUGCAUGUCGAGCUGAAUCUGAAAGUGUAUCCGAAUCCGAAUCCGAAUGUGAAUCUAAAUCUGACUCUUUCUUUGCAAGCUAAGAUCGAAACGAAAGUGAAAAAUGAAAACACUGAGCAAGCAGCUAAUUUGAAAUGUACUAUCUAAGCAAAAUCCACACAAAGCAAAACGAGAGUUAUGCGAUAAUUCCCACACACCCUCACAUGCCAGUAAAUGCGAUCGAUCAGAUCAAUUCGAUAGAGGUGCAAGCACGCAAUGAGAUGCAGAUACUCGUACAUCUACACAACCACCAACCACCACCCCAAAUAGAAGCGGUAUUUGGUAUACAAUCGAAAGUAUAUUUGACUAGUUGAGCAAUGCACUCUUAAUCAUCAGCUACCAGACAUGAAUUAUAUAUCUCAAUGUAUUACCAGAACUUCAUAUAUACAUACAAAUAUAUAUAUACAUAUAUAUAUAUAUAUAUAUAUACAUAAAAGUAUCUAAAUAUUUAAGCAAAUUAUACAAGAAUCGUACGAAUAAACAGUAUGCUUAGUUGAAAAUGUUACCACUUGACGUCUAAAUGUUAAACGACUAAGAUAAUGCAGCCAUUUAGAUACUUUUGCGACCAGUGACAAGCAAAACCAAAACCAAAACCAAACCGAACAGAACAGAACCGAUACAGAACAGAUAAAACCACGUAUAAGCGUACUUUUACUAUUAAUUUGUAUCUUAUUAGUCAAGCGCAUCAUUCUCACGAUUUAUUUACACCCUGUUACAAAAUGUAAGAACAAUGGCAAAAUUUAAGCAAAUAAACAAACAAAAAAAACGUUUUUUCAUUUACCAAAUCUCGGCGUUGUUGCACUUAGUAUUUGAAUUCCAACAGCCACCUUUAUCGUAUCGGUAUUGAGAUAGACACUCAAAUCAAAUAUUGGAGAUACCCACAAGUAUCUUAUUUGGCAAGCCACGCCCACGCCGCAAGCGUUCCAACAAAGCCACGCACGAGCACACAUCCUCUACUCUACUACCUCAUUGGAUGCAUUGGUAAUCGAAACAGAUAAAUUUUGAUCAAGCAAAUUCGCAUCUCUCGAGCUGGGGAAUCUGUCUAAACACUCUCUUUCGAUCCCCGCAGUAUUGGAAGGCGCCGCGCAUCCAGCGGGCCACCACACUCACCUCGUCCAUGUCCCUGCCAGCGGAGUGCCUGGUCCUUUCCGUGUCCAUGCCCUCGCUCAACUCG